UUUAUCUGUCACGGUGUCCAAACGGCAUAAAACUAUUAACAAAAUAGAUUUGAAUCUCAGUAAUGGGCAUGCAAACAAACGGAUGUGAAACUUGGUCUCUUGCAGCCCGCAUUCAUUCAUGCAGACUGAGAAAAAAUGCUGCUUACUGGCAAACACAUGAAUGGUAGACUUGGCUACAUGUAGCCUAAUAGUAGUUUUAACACAUUACAGUCUGCUGAUACAUUCAUUAUAUAAAUAACACACCAAAGCAACAUUUUAGAAAAAUAAAUAUCUUCAUUUAUGAUAGGUCUACAUGUGAUCGAUUAACUAAAUAAGAGGCUGAACAAAAUUAAAAGUUAUGACAAUGCCGAUUUUAGGGGUUCAUUCUAUCAUGACGUUAAAUGUUACACUCGGGAUCUUACAACACGGUGCCUGGCAAUACACACACGGAAACAUCAAAUUAGCAGUUUUCACAUAGGAGUUUGGUUUGCACACAAAUACGUUAAAGAAGUUUGAGUCACCAUGGGGGAAGGGAAGGGGCGUGCCCGCGGCGGGACAGGUGUUUAAAUAGGGAAAGGUGAGAGUGGAGGUACACCAGAUCCCGGAGCUGCGGUCCACCUACAUCCUCACCUGACCAAGUCGGAAACAGUAAACCUCUAAAGAUGAUCAAAGCAGUGUUGUCAGCUCUCUUGGUCCUGGUGGCCGUGUCCUCCACCUUUGGGAAAUACAUCCCGAAGACUGGCAAGAGGAUCCCUCAGACUCUGUCCAGAGGUUGGGGUGAUCAGCUGAUCUGGGCUCAGACUUAUGAGGAGGCUCUCUACUGGUCCAGGUCAAAAAACAAGCCUCUGAUGGUCAUCUUUCACCUUGAGAACUGCCCACACAGCCAGGCAAUGAAGAAGGUUUUGGCUGAUGACAACGAAAUCCAGAAAGUUCUCGAUGAGGACUUCAUCGUCCUCAAUCUAGUGUAUGAAACAACAGACAAACAUCUCUCUCCUGACGGACAGUAUGUUCCCAGAAUCAUUUUUGUCGACCCCACAAUGACCGUGAGGGCCGAUAUCACAGGUCGCUAUGCCAACCGCAUGUAUGCCUAUGAACCAAGUGACAUCAAACUCUUGAAAACCAACAUGCAGACGGCUAAGAAGCUCCUGAAGUCUGAGCUGUGAGCACGAGGACGAGACACACGCUUGACUUGUGACCCUCAUCCAGAGUUUAUUGUCACCACAGAUGCCAAUAACAUGUUGUUACUACAGUUUACACAUGGAAAACCAAGCACUGGAAAGUUUCUUCUCUUCACCUUCAUUUGAAAGGCUUUCUCCUUGAAUUCCCUUCCUGAUUCUUAUCUUAUUAUUAUUGCUGUACAUCCAAACUGUCUUUUGAAUAAAUAUGGUACUGUUCAUACAUACAA